AUGCUGCAGAAGAAGAAUCAGGAGGGGCAGUUUAAACGCUUCCUGGAGGUGCUUAAGCAAAUACAUAUCAACAUCCCACUGGUGGAGGCGCUCGAACAAAUGUCAACUUACGUGAAAUUUUUGAAGGAUGUCCUAACCAAGAAGCACAGUCUAGGAGAACUUGAAACUGUCUGCUUAACAAAGGAGUGCAGCACAAUUCUGACGAGUAAAAUUCUAGAAAAAGUGAAAGAUCCAAGAAGCUUUACAAUUCCGGUGUCCAUUGGGGGUCAUAAGAUUGGUCAAGCCUUGUGCGAUCUUGGCGCAAGUAUUAAUUUAAUGCCGCUAUCAGUAUACAAGAGAUUGGGCAUGGGAGGAGUGAGGCCAACAACAGUCACACUACAGCUAUCAGAUCGUUCAAUUGCAAACCCUGAAGGAAAAAUCAAGGUUGUUAUGGUACAAGUGGAUAAGUUUAUAUUUCCCGCUGAUUUUAUUGUUCUUGAUUUUGAUGCAGAUGAGGACUUGCCAAUCAUCCUAGGGAGGCCAUUCUUGGCCACGGGGCGUGCACUUGUGGAUGUAGUGCACGGUCUUGCGAGUAUUAGACGAAGCUGUACUGGAAUCAUUCAGUGCAGAGACAAUACUGGAGCAGCAAAACGCGAUUUAGCAAGAUCAUGGUCAAGAGUCCACGAGAGCCUAGACUUAGAGGACAUUGGACGUAAACAGUUGAAGCCAUCUAUUGAGGAACCACCAGAAUUGGAGUUAAAAGUCCUCCUAAAACAUCUAAAGUAUGCUUACCUUGGAGCAUCCAACACAUUGCCUAUUAUAAUUGUUGCAGAUCUAACAACGGAAAAGGAAAACGAGUUGCUAGCAGUUUUGAGAGAACACAGGAAAACUAUUGGUUGGACAAUCGCGGAUAUUGAAGGAAAUAAGCCCCAAUUACUAUGGAGAAUAUACAUCGACUACAAGACUCUCAACAAAGCUACAAGGAAGGAUCCUUUUCCGCUGCCAUUUAUUGAUAAAAUGCUGGACAGACUAUUUGGGCAAGAGUAUUACUGCUUUCUUGAUGGAUAUAGUGGGUACAACCAGAUCACUAUAGCUCCUCAAGAUCAACAAAAAACAACAUUUACAUGCCCGUAUGGAACUUUCGCUUUCAGGAGGAUGCCUUUCGGGCUGUGCAACGCUCUAGUCACAUUUAGCGAUGCAUGA